UUUUCAACGUGUGACACUUAAUGUCUGAUUUAAUCAUUCUCUAUGCAUUUUCAACGAAUUCUCAGUGCAAAAGCUUCUACAUUUUCACAACUCUAUUGCUAUUUUUUGUCAAAUCCAACUUUUCUAUAGUUGUACAACAUUUGAGUGCUUUCAUAAAAGUUGAAGUCUUAUUUUAUGACAAACAUCGGUUCACUGCGUGCAUUGAGCAACACCGGUAUCAAGCACUUGAUAAGGCAAACUCUUGCAAGCCAGCAGCUGACGGUUUUUUCUAGGUCACCGUCAUCAACGGCUUCGCCCGUCAAACGAUUCUUCAGCAGCGGUAGUAGUGUUUGUGCUUUGGUCAAGCGUGCAUUAGACGCCUCAUUAUCUAGUACCUGCAAGAUGAGUGGUGAUUCAGCAAAACCAAAGGUCGUAUUUGUUCUGGGAGCUCCCGGAGCCGGUAAAGGUACCCAGUGCGAAAAGAUUGUGCAUCAUUUCGGCUACACGCACUUAUCGGCCGGAGACCUGCUGCGGGAGGAACGGAACAGAGAAGGAUCCGAGUAUGGAGCGCUGAUUGAAGACAACAUCCGCAAUGGACGUAUCGUUCCAGUGGAGAUUACCUGUGCACUACUGGAGAAUGCUAUGAAUAAAACCAGAGAGACAACCGGGAACGAUAAGUUUCUUAUCGAUGGAUUUCCUCGGAACGAAGACAACUUGCAGGGCUGGAAUAGCAAGAUGUCGGAAAAAGUGCAGUUGCAAUUUGUGCUAUUCUUCGAGUGCACCGAAGACCAGUGCAUCGUCCGUUGUUUAAGGCGUGGCGAAAGCAGCGGCCGCUCGGACGACAACCUGGAGAGUUUAAAAAAGCGUUUCAACACUUACAUUAACGAUACGAUGCCGAUCGUGGAACACUACAAGAAGCUGGAUUUGGUGAAGACUAUCGAUGCUGUCGCUGGACCGGAUGAAGUAUUCGAGAAAGUGAAAUGGCCUUUCGCAGAAGUCAAUUAGAACACCGGUGAUUGUGCGGCUCCGGUAAGUGUCCAACCGAUAUUCCAUUGUUUAAUGCCAAAUGGGAGUUUGAAGCGUAUUAGCAGCUUAGGUUUUUUUGUUUCAAGCCAUUCCGAAAAGAUUAUUACUGAACUGUCUUUUACUUCAUGCUCACAAUUAUGUGCGGUCUACCAGUCAAUUUUCAAGUAUUUAUGUUUUCUACUAGAAGUUUGUCAGAAAUAAAUAAAUAAACCGUAACUACACAUGUGCAAAUUACUGAUCAGUACUUUGGACAAGUUAGCGAAUCUAGCGCUGCAAUACGUAAGUUUAUUUCGUUAACUUUAUUCGGUAGGUCACCUAGGGUAAAGUCAAUCGGUUAGGCUGAAUUGUGUGUGUCGUGGCUCUAGCAAAAUUAGAACGAAUUGAGUAGACAAAUAAAACGAGUCAUGGUGUCUUAGCUUUAAAAA